UGUCAAAAUCGCUCUAAAUUGACGAAAAAAUUCCAAGUUUGACUGGCCAAAUCAAGAGAUUUUUACUAAUUUCUUUGAAAGUGAACAAAGUAAUCAAUUAUUUAUUAAUUACUUUUAUUUUUAAGGGUGGAAUAGUUUUCAAACAAACGUUGAACUAUGGAAAACGACAGUAAUAAGCCUUACAAGAUAUGCGAUGUAAACCGAGACAAAAAGAAAGGAAUUGUAGCUUCAUCGCUGGAAGAUUUACUUGCAAAAGUGCCGGAAAAAUUAGGUCUACCUUCAGAACACCUCACAGUUGUAUUAGAGUCCGAUGGAACAGAAGUAGAUGACGAAGAUUAUUUUUCCACUCUCGACCCUGAUACUUCUCUUAUGAUUUUGCAUGGUAAUGAAAAAUGGGCUCCUAACAUGCCAAAAUGCCAAGUGUCUCUAGAUCAAACAGAUGAAGUCACUCUAGGAGACAAAAGUCAAGUGGCCAAUCUUGUAGGCCGCCUACAACACAAUCUUUGUCAUAUUUCAUUACUAGGUGGCCAAGAUCUUGAACUACUGUCGGACAUGGACCCUGAUAGUCUCGCUGAUAUUGUUACUGACAGGGACAACAGAAUAAUCUUGGAACAUAUCAAGGAGGCAUCUGGAAGAAUUUUAUUAGAAAAACGUCAAGCUCAAGAUGCAAUGGAACUGCUAAAGCUAUAUCAUCAAAGUGUUGCUAAUGGGACAGAAGAUGUGUCUCCACCAAAACAAGAGAGAGUGUAGAAUGUCAUCAGAAUAACAAUGGUAACCCACUAAAUUAACCCUCGAUUUAUUUUUAGGGGAUGGUACAUCUCAAAAGUUUACAAAGACUUACUUACUUUCCAGUAAUUUGUCUGACUGCAUUUAUUUGCAAAAUAUUAUUUCUUUCUUAACCAGAAAGUUUUAUUUAAAAAAAAGUUCGAUUUAAACCUGUUAAUCUAAUUAAAUAGUAUUUACUGUUAUUGAAUUAUUUGAUACACCAAGAGAAUGAGGCCUUUUUUUCUAGUUUAUAAUAAGUAUUUGAAGCUUUUAUAUGAAUAUUAUACAAGGGUAGAUUUGCUUUGUAUUGAAAUUUAGAAAUCCCUGAUCCUGAGUGAUUAGACUUUAAUUCAUUCAAGCUUUUAGCUAAAUUUACUGCUAUGAGAAAUUAAGUAAAUAACAUUCAACCUAAAUCAUCUAAAAUAAAAAUUAUUUCAUAUUUUAGUUAGGGCUAGGAGGGGGUUAGGUAUAAAAAGGUAAGUAAUGUGAUGCAAUUGUGGGAGUUAGUUAUUAUAAGACGCUAAUCUUAUGAAUAUGAGCUAAAAUCGAAAGGUAAUCAUAUACAUACUGUCAUUUUAAGAAUUGAUGUAAUUAUAGUGUUGUGGGCAUUUAUCAUUGAGUAUUUCAUAAUACAUUCCCAGCAAAAUUCUAGUAAUUCAGUAGUUUCAUGGUAAUUAAAUUAAAUUAUGUGUUAAUGUAAACUAAAUUGGUACCUAUUUUGUAUACAAAAUGCUGUGUUUAAUCAUUUGUUUUCAUAUUUAGAACAUCAGGUAUGGUAGUAUAAGUAUUAUCUUUAGUAUACUUAUAACAAUACGACAAUAGAUAUGCUAGAAAUUAAGCAUUUAUUAAUAAAUUAGGAUUUGAUUUAUUGUGGAUUUAAUUUUGAGCUUUUUGUAAACUUUUGAGGAAAAAUUUGCCGCAAGGUUGGUAAACAACAUCAAUUCAAAAGACUGAUAGUGGUAAUUUUUUUUUAUAUAGUUUUACCCCUAGAAUAAGAUUUGUUAUUUUGAUUCCAAGUUUGCUCAAACAAUUUACAAAAAGAUAUGAAAUAAUUUCAUCUGUUUGAUUCUACUGCCAUAGCUUGAAAAUCAGGAUGGAAAUCAUUGCAUAUAGUAAACCUUUAACAAUGUUGGGGUAUAAUGUUGGAAAUAAUUGUAUGAUGCCAAAAAUAUUUUUUCCUCAUUUGAUUUAAAUUAUUUAAGUUCACAACUAAAAUGUAUUUAUUAAGUUUUAUUAUCAUGUCUAUACUGUGUUCUCCUCAAGUAUUUAUGAUAUGUAGUUAAAUACUUAUACGUCAUAGGCUGCUGUUAAGAAAGCCACAAAAACUUCAGCAAAGUUGUGAACAGUUUCAAAACCUAAUUCCAAUUAUCUACAUAUUAUGUAAUUUAAAUUACAUUACUGGAUAUUACUAAUAUUUAACAAUUAUAAUACUAGCUGUAGUUGUAUUGUUUUAUAAAGAAUAACUAGUGCACUUAUUAAAUUCAAGCCAAAUGUAAAUAGAGGUGGUGAUAAACAUGCACAUAGCACAUUUCUAUUACAAUGUUUUUAAUUAUUAAGCACUGUGAUAAAAACAGGAUUAUGAGUAAUAUGGUGGAAAUAACUGCAAAUAUUUUUUUUAUAGAAAAUCCAAAAUGUAGUCUGUAACUUGCUAGUGCAUGUAUCAAUAGUAACCUGUUAAAAGAUUGUAUUAUGUAUCCUGAAAUCUUGCAUAAACAUAUUUAGAUAUGAAAUAAUAUCUUACUGUUAAUCUUUAUAUUCCUGUAUUUGUCCUUCGUAAUCAUAAUUUGGAAUCUCCUGUAUUUUUAGUUAUAUUCCAACCAAAAAUGUUAUGGAAUUACAUACAUUGUGGAAUUGUUAACUUGCAAUAUUUCCUAAUAGUGGAAUUGAGGAGUAGUAUUAUUGUACCUAUAAUAUGUUAUGUAUUAAUUUCUUAUGUGCACAAAUAUACAUAGCAAAUACAUAAUUAAAUUUAU